AUGCGCCUCCUCCCCCGCGACAUCGACAAACUCACCCUCCACGCGGCCGGCGCCCUCGCCCAAAAGCGUCUCGCGCGGGGCCUGCGCCUCAACCACCCGGAAGCCGUCGCGCUCCUCGCCUCCGUGACCCUCGAACACAUCCGCGAUGGCACCCACUCCGUCGCCGACCUCAUGUCCCUCGGCCGGCGGAUGCUCGGCACGCGCCAGGUCCUCCCCGGCGUCGCGGAGAUCAUACACGAGGUCAUGGUCGAGGGCACGUUUGCGGAUGGGACGAAGCUGGUGACGGUGCAUGAGCCGAUCUGUAGGGAGGACGGGGACAUGGGCGUUGCGCUUUAUGGCAGCUUCUUGCCGGAGCCGGAUCUGGCGGUGUUUGGGGAACGCGGAGGGGGGAAGAGGAAGGCGGAUGUGGCGGGGUUGGAUGAGGGAGGUGCGGGUGGGGUGGUGGAGCAGGAGAGGGAGAGGGAUGGUGUUCGGAUGAUACCAGGAAGGGUGAUACCUCUCCCGGGAAAGAUCACGCUAAAUGCAGGUCGGAGACGUGUGGCGUUGACCGUCACCAACAACGGUGACAGGCCGGUCCAGGUCGGCUCCCACUACCACUUCAUCGAAGUCAACCCCCAAAUGUCGUUCGAUCGCGCCCUCGCGUACGGCAAACGCCUCAACAUCCCCGCCGGCACCGCCGUCCGCUUCGAGCCGGGCGAAUCCAAAACCGUCGUUCUCGUCGAGAUUGGCGGGAAGAAAAUCAUCUCCGGCGGAAACUCCCUCGCCACGGGCCUCGUCGACACCCUUCGUAUCCCUGAAAUCCUGCAGAAUCUGACAGCAAAAGGGUUUGCACAUGUAACGCAAAGAGCGUUACCGGAACCCCCGGUGUGUGAGAUGGACCGGGCACGUUAUGUGGACGCGUAUGGGCCGACGACGGGGGAUCGGGUCCGGCUUGGGGAUACGAACCUUUUUAUUACGGUGGAGAGGGAUCAUACGGUUUAUGGCGAUGAGUGUGUGUUUGGUGGGGGAAAGGCGAUUAGGGAGGGGAUGGGGCAGGCUACGGGGGUGAGGGAUGAGGAUGCGCUGGACUUGGUUAUCACGAAUGCGCUUGUUGUUGAUUAUACGGGGAUUUACAAGGCCGAUAUCGGCGUUAAAAACGGUCUGAUUGCGGGAAUCGGCAAAGCCGGCAACCCCGACGUGCAAGCCAACGUAACCCCCGGGAUGAUCAUCGGCGUCACCACCGAAGUCCUCGCCGGCGAAGGCAGUAUCAUCACCGCGGGCGCGAUCGACACGCACAUCCACUUCAUCUGCAAACAGCUCUGCACCGAAGCCCUCGCCAGCGGCAUCACCACCCUCAUCGGCGGCGGCACGGGUCCCAACACCGGCACGAACGCGACGACAUGCACACCAGGGUCCGCGCACCUCAAGAUGAUGAUGGAAUCCACCGACUCCCUUCCCAUCAACAUGGGUUUCACGGGUAAAGGCAAUAGCAGCAGCCCCAUUGGCCUCGACUCCCAAAUCGAAGCGGGCGCCGUCGGUCUCAAGCUCCACGAAGACUGGGGCACCACCCCGGCGGCGAUCGACACCUGCCUGUCGAUCGCGGACGCAUACGACGUGCAGGUCACCAUCCACACCGACACUCUGAACGAAUCCGGGUUUGUCGAAAACACCCUCGCGGCGUUCAAGGGCCGCACCAUCCACGCCUACCACACCGAGGGCGCCGGCGGCGGCCACGCCCCCGAUAUCAUCCGCGUCGUGGGGUACCCCAACGUGAUUCCCAGCAGCACCAACCCCACCCGGCCGUACACCACCAACACGCUCGACGAGCACCUCGACAUGCUGAUGGUCUGCCACCACCUCUCCCGCGCGAUCCCCGAGGACAUCUCCUUCGCCGAGUCGCGGAUCAGGGGCGAGACGAUUGGCGCGGAGGACUACCUCCACGACGUGGGUGCCAUCAGCAUCAUCUCGAGCGAUUCGCAGGCGAUGGGGAGGGUCGGGGAGGUGAUUUGCAGGACGUGGCAGACGGCGGAUAAGAUGCAGAGCGUGAGGAGGAGCGAAGGGACGGAUGACUUGACGGAUAACGAGAGGGUGAGGCGGUAUAUUGCCAAGUAUACCAUCAACCCAGCCAUAGCCCACGGCAUCUCCCACGUCGUAGGCUCCAUCGAAGUCGGCAAGCUCGCCGACCUAGUCCAAUGGAAACCCGAGUUCUUCGGCAUCAAGCCCGAACGCAUCCUCAAAGGCGGGUUCAUCGUCUGGGCCAUGAUGGGCGACGCCAACGCUUCCAUCCCAACACCCGAACCCUUCAUCUCCCGCCCGCAAUUCGCGCUCCCACGUCACACCUCCCUCCUCUUCGUCUCCCGCGCCUUCGCCGCCACGCACGCCUCGAACCCUACCCACCACAUCACCAAAAAAGUCACGGCGGUCAGGAACUGCCGGACGGUCGGGAAGAAGGAUAUGAAGCUGAACGAUCGGUGUCCGGAUGUACGGGUGCAUCCCGAGACGUAUGUCGUGAGUGUCGAUGGGAGGGAGGUUAGGGUGGGGCCGGUCGGGAGCGUCGGGUUGGGGAGAAGGUAUGCGUUGUUUUGA